UCCGGCUUCUUUCUACCCACCACCUCACAGACGGAAAGCAGCCUACUCUACCUGUUUACUCCCUCUGCCCCACCUACCCAUGGAGACCCCAGGACUGAUUGUGCAAGGGGAGACGUCGUCCUUUUCCACAGCACUCCGAAGCCUCGUCAACAACCCCCUAUACAGUGAUAUUCGCUUUGUAGUUGGUCAAGAACGGCAGGAGGUGUUUGCCCACCGGUGCUUGUUGGCCUGUAGAUGCAAAUUCUUCCAGCAACUUCUGGGCCUGGAACCAGGGCCAGCAGUACCGAACCCCGUGGUGCUAAGCACUGUUCCAGCUGAGGCCUUCCUGGCAGUGCUGGAGUUCCUGUAUACCAACACUGUCAAGCUGCACCGCCACUCUGUGCUGGAGGUGCUGACAGCAGCUGUGGAGUAUGGGCUGGAGGAACUGCGAGAGCUCUGCCUGGAGUUUGUGGUGAAGGUGCUGGAUGUGGAGCUGGUUUGUGAGGCCCUGCAGGUUGCCGUAACCUUUGGCCUGGGGCCGCUGCAGGAGAGCUGCAUAGCCUUCAUAGAGGCCCACAGCCAGGAGGCGCUCUGGACCCGCGGCUUCCUGGAGCUGUCAGCGCCCGCGUUGCUGCCCCUGCUGCGCAGCGACAAGCUCUGCGUGGACGAGUCUGAGCUCGUUCUGGCCGCCCGGAGCUGGGCGCGUGUGGGCGCGGCGGUGCUGCAGCGGCCCGUGGCCGAAGUGGUGGCCCCUGUGGUGCGCGAGCUGAGGCUGGCCUUGCUGGCCCCAGCGGAGCUGAGCGCCCUGGAGGAGCAGAACCGGCGGGAGCCACUCAUCCCGGUGGAGCAGAUCGUGGAGGCGUGGAAGUGCCACGCCCUGCGGAGGGGGGACGCGUCCCGGGGCCCCCCGUGCCGCCGCCGGAGAGGCACCGUGCCCCGGGAGCACCACCGUUUUCUGGACCUGACCUUUAAGUGACUAAGAAGGCCGUGACUGGAGAGGCCACCUGGGCCCACCCCAAACUACAGCUCCCGUCAGGCCCUGCGCUCACAGCUGGCUUCCGGUCCCAGCUGCCGCUCACAGCUGGCUUCCGGUCCCAGCUGGCGGGGCAGGCGCGCCGGCGCCCCUCACAACGUCCGUGGGUGGGGUUGGGGUUCUGCUGCGUUCUGCGGGGUUGCGGGGCGGGGGCUUGCUGUGCUUGCCCGGAGUGUGCGCGGAGGCCUUGCACUUGCCGCCGCACCCGCUCUUCCUGCCCCUCCGUUGCAUUUCAGCUUAGCCCCAUCUUUAAUUCUGCCUCCUCAGGUGGCGCCCCUGAAGGCCCCGCAGAAACCUCGGACUCGGGCCAGAAUCGCGCUCCCACCAGUUCUUAUCCCAGCGUCCAUCUCCCCGGGUGCCCAAACCUAAAAACGGGCCUCGUCCCUGCCUUGUCCUUCUUAUCUGCUCCUUGACAUCUACCUUCUGAGAGGCUGAAGCGUGGUAGAUGUGCGGAGAGAGCCUCGAAAUAGGCUACUUUGACUUUAAGUAUUAUUUCCAUAAAUAGGAGAUGCUCUGAAAACGGAGCUUACCCUUUGCUGAGGGACAUUACAUUUAUAAAGGAAAUAGCUUGUGAGGGUGGCUCCCUAUGUACCAGAAAAGAAGGAUGACUAACCCAAGAGAGCAUCUAUCUUCUCAGUGCCGGCACCCACUGAAAUCUGCGUAACAAACCUUAGCCUUGUUUUCCGUGCUUUCCCUGGUGACUUCCCCAUAACCGGCUUCCCCACACUUCUUUCAUCUUUAGUGAUGAUGGCAUUUAAGCAGACAUUUAAGCCCUCUCUGGUGUUACUCAUUUCCCCCUGGGUAAUGAUUUUUUUUUACUGUAAUCAUCCUGUCUAUGGCCAUGGUAUAUAAGUGGGAACCCUGGGGGGGUCUCGUGGGAGCAGCGACUGAUCAGAACUUGAGGGCUGGCCUUCAUUCUUGACUCUGGAAAAUAAAAUGUCUUUACUUUUCUCAUCACAGUGGUGAUUAUUACUUUUCAGUUGACAAAGAUUAACAGGAAGAAAAAAAUGUGCAUUUGCUUAAUACAUA